AUGAUACGUAGAUUCAGCCUGAUCUCAGCAUGUUUGAUCAAGAAGAAUAAGCUACCACCGAGGCCUAAAUUUACGAGAGAGCUCGAGUUCGAAUGUGAGGAGAAAUUCUUGCAUGGUGGUAGAGGCCCGGGUGGUCAAAAGAUUAACAAAUGUAACUCGAAAGUUCAAUUAAAGCACCUUCAAACUGGAAUUGUGGUAACAUGCCAAGAAACAAGGUCGAGAGAGAACAACAGAAAAAUAGCCCGCGAAAAGAUGGCAUUAGAAUUAGAGCGGCUUCAGAACAAUACAGAUUUAACUAGAAGAGAGCAUGCGAUAUAUGAAUGGACAAGGCAGGGCAAGCGGGCAAAGGUAAAGAGGAGUAAAUCGAAACAUAUGGAACACCAAGAAAAGAGGCAACUAGCCAAAGAUGAACAGCAACAAAUAGAGCAACAAAUCCUGCAAACCAUCCUCGACAAAUAG